CUUCUUUAAAAAUGGAACUUCAUCCAACAAAGAGUAAUUUAUCAUUUAUUAUGGAGGAAAUUAAUAUAGUGAUUUCUGGUCCUUGUGCAUUAGGAAAAUCAAGUGUUGGUAAAUUGUUAGUGACAAAAUUAAAUUAUCAAUUUAUAGAAACUGAUUUAUUUUAUCAAUAUUUAGUGUCAAAAACAUCAAGUUUUGAUGAAGAAGAAUUGAUAAAUAUUUUAAAUAAUGAAGAACUCAAAUAUUUAUUUCAGAUUGAUAAUACAACACUUUUUUAUGGAGAUGGUAUAAAUAAACAAGCAUUUGAGUUAUCAAAAAAUGAUAAUAUUCGUAAAAAUAUUAGUGAAAUUAUUCAAAAAAAUACAAGACAGAAAGGUUUUGUGGUGGUAGGUUGUGAUUCAACUGAAAUUCUUCCCGAUGCUGAAAUUAAAUUUUAUUUAACAGCUAAUUUUGAAACACGUGUUGAUCAUCGACAAAAACAAUUUAAUUCAGAAGAUUUGAUGUGGUAG